GCGUGGCGGCAGCUCCUUUCCUUACUUUCUGCAUAGCGCUAUGAGCUUCUGCCAAAGUCUGAGCCUGCGGGUAGCGACGGCGUCCCUGGGGACGGGAGACCAAGCGGGUUCCGGAGGCGCUCUGAGAUCAGCACCCCGAGGCCGGGGUCUGGUGGUCGCGCCCCGGGGGCCGCAGCCCCGCCCUCCCAUGUGCCCGCCCCGCCCGGCGGCAGCGCCGCUACCUCAGCAGCCGCAGCGGUGCUGCCCCCGCGGGACGCCGAGUGCUGGGGCGCGACCGAGGGGCUGAGGUACCGGCUGGAGCGGGGUCGCCGCGGAGCUGGGGCGCCGGACGCCGCGGCCGAGGGGCUGAGGCGCGGGACUGCGGACUGCGACCGGGACGCCGGCGCACCGCGGCAUGAGGCGGAGAUUAACGUGACUGCGUCAGGUGGAUCAACCGCCCUCCCACUGCCCCGGUUGUCAGGGGCCUGAGAGUGGGGAGACAUGGAGGAGAGUAAGAAUGAGGCGACAAAUCGCGCUCACGUCCUCUUUGACCGCUUCGUGCAGGCGACCACCUGCAAGGGGACCCUCAAGGCCUUCCAAGAGCUCUGCGACCACCUGGAACUGAAGCCUAAGGACCACCGCUCCUUUUACCACAAACUCAAGUCCAAGCUCAACUACUGGAAAGCCAAGGCCCUCUGGGCAAAGCUGGACAAGCGAGGUAGCCACAAAGAUUACAAGAAGGGAAAGGCCUGCACUAACACCAAGUGUCUCGUCAUUGGAGCUGGCCCCUGUGGUCUCCGCACAGCCAUCGAUUUAUCCCUAUUGGGAGCUAAGGUGGUGGUUAUUGAGAAACGAGAUUCUUUCUCCCGCAACAAUGUCUUGCAUCUCUGGCCGUUCACCAUACAUGAUCUGCGAGGUCUGGGUGCCAAGAAGUUCUACGGCAAAUUCUGUGCUGGAGCCAUCGACCACAUCAGUAUCCGUCAGCUUCAACUAAUACUUUUGAAAGUAGCCUUGAUCCUAGGCAUUGAAAUCCAUGUCAAUGUGGAAUUCCAAGGACUUGUGGAGCCUCCUGAGGACCAAGAAAAUGAACGGAUAGGUUGGCGGGCCCUGGUACACCCGAAAACCCAUCCUGUAUCAGAAUAUGAGUUUGAAGUCAUCAUUGGAGGGGAUGGCCGCAGGAACACCUUGGAAGGAUUUCGUCGGAAAGAAUUUCGUGGCAAACUGGCCAUUGCCAUUACAGCAAAUUUUAUUAACCGAAAUACAACAGCAGAAGCCAAAGUGGAAGAGAUCAGUGGUGUGGCUUUUAUAUUCAACCAAAAAUUUUUCCAGGAACUGAGGGAAGCCACAGGGAUUGAUUUGGAGAACAUCGUCUACUACAAAGAUGACACACACUAUUUUGUUAUGACGGCCAAAAAGCAGAGUUUAUUGGACAAAGGGGUGAUACUGCAUGACUACGCGGACACGGAGCUCUUGCUCUCCCGGGAGAAUGUGGACCAAGAGGCUCUGCUGAGCUACGCCAGGGAGGCGGCAGACUUCUCUACCCAGCAGCAGCUGCCCUCCCUGGACUUCGCCAUCAAUCACUAUGGGCAGCCCGAUGUGGCCAUGUUUGACUUCACAUGCAUGUACGCCUCUGAGAACGCGGCCCUGGUGCGGGAGCACAAUGGACACCAGCUGCUGGUGGCUUUGGUCGGGGACAGCCUCCUGGAGCCUUUUUGGCCAAUGGGAACAGGAAUAGCUCGGGGCUUUCUAGCCGCUAUGGACUCGGCCUGGAUGGUGCGCAGUUGGUCUUUGGGAAGGAGCCCCUUGGAAGUCCUGGCAGAGAGGGAAAGCAUUUAUAGGUUGCUGCCUCAGACCACCCCUGAGAACGUGAGCAAGAACUUCAGCCAGUACAGCAUAGACCCAGUCACCAGAUACCCCAACAUUAACGUCAGCUUCCUCCGGCCAAGCCAGGUGCGUCAUCUGUAUGAUACUGGAGAAACAAAAGAUAUUCAUCUGGAGAUGGAGAACCUCGUGAAUUCCCGAACUACCCCAAAGUUGGCCCGCAAUGAGUCUGUGGCUCGCUCCAGCAAGCUGCUGGGUUGGUGCCAGCGGCAGACAGAUGGCUAUGCCGGGGUGAACGUGACAGACCUCACCAUGUCAUGGAAGAGUGGCCUGGCCCUGUGUGCGAUCAUCCACAGAUACCGCCCUGAUCUGAUAGAUUUCGAUUCUUUGGAUGAGCAAAGUGUGGAGAAGAAUAACCAGCUGGCCUUCGAUGUUGCUGAGAAGGAGCUGGGCAUCUCUCCCAUCAUGACAGGCAGAGAGAUGGCCUCGGUCGGGGAGCCGGACAAGCUGUCCAUGGUGAUGUACCUGACCCAGUUCUACGAGAUGUUCAGGGAUUCUCUCCCCUCCCGAGAUGCCUUGGACCUGAAUGCUGAGGAGAGGGCCGUCCUGGUAGCCAGCACCAAAUCCCCCAUCUCCUUCCUGAGCAAGCUUGGGCAGACCAUUUCUCGAAAGCGCUCUCCCAAGGACAAAAAGGAAAAGGACUUGGAUGGUGCUGGGAAGAGGAGAAAGACCAGUCAGUCGGAAGAGGAGGACGCACCCCGCGGCUACAGAGGAGGAAGGCCCACGCUGGUGAGCACGCUGACUGACCGGAGGCUGGAUGUGGCCCUUGGCAACCAGAACAAAGUGAAGUACAUGGCAACCCAGCUGCUGGCCAAGUUUGAGGAGAACGCGCCCCCACAGUCCACGAGCGUGAGGAGACAGCCGACACAAGAGCGUGGGCUCAGCCAGCCGUCCUGCUGCCUGCCCGAGCAGGGUCGCCCUGCUCCUGUCCCCCAGUGGAAACAGCGACGGGGAAAGGAGUGUUCUCGGACCUGCCCCAAAAAAGUGAUCACACUCUCUCCUCCCCCUACUCCGCCCCCUUGUCGGGCACGUGGCGGCCAGCAGACAUGCAGGGAUCUUGAUGCUGACAGCCGUGGGAAGCAGAGUCCCCACCACGAGAGGCCAGAACCUGAGCCUUCUCGUCGAUUUUUUGUUGACCAGUGGGAGCUUUCUCUAAGCCUCCGCUCCGCCAGCCGCCCUGCCUCUCCCUCCUCUGACUCCCUCCGACAGAAGUAUAUAAAGAUGUACACGGGCGGAGUGAGCUCAUUGGCUGAGCAGAUAGCCAAUCAGCUUCAAAGGAAAGAACAGCCCAAAACCCUUCUAGACAAGAAGGAACUGGGCUCCAUAAAGAAGGAGUUCCCACAGAACGUGGGAGGCAGCGACACCUGCUAUUUCUGUCAGAAGCGGGUCUACGUGAUGGAGCGGCUGAGCGCCGAGGGCAAGUUCUUCCACCGGAGCUGCUUCAAGUGCGAGUUCUGCGCCACUACCCUGCGCCUCUCGGCCUAUGCCUAUGCCCUCGAGGAUGGUAAAUUCUACUGCAAACCACACUACUGUUACCGGCUGUCUGGCUCCGCACAGAGGAAGAGACCAGCAGUGGCUCCUCGGUCUGGAAAGGAGGCCAGGGGACCCCUGCAGGAUGGCUCCGCCGCAGACACCAACGGACGGCCCGGCACCAGUGCCAGCCCUGCCGAGAGAACUCCAGGCCCCAGCGUGAACGGCCUGGAGGAACCCAGCAUUGCCAAGAGGCUUCGGGGCACCCCCGAGAGGAUUGAGCUGGAGAACUACCGCCUGUCGGUGCGGCAGGCGGAGGGGCUGGAGGAGGUGCCCGAGGAGACGCAGGCCGAGCACAACCUGAGCAGCGUGCUGGACACGGGGACAGAGGAGGACGCGCCCAGCAGCAGUUCUGAGUCCGACAUGGAGGAGGAGGAGGAGGAGGAGGAACCUCCGCUGCCCACCUCGGACCUGGGUGGUGUUCCCUGGAAGGAGGCCGUGAGGAUCCACGCUCUUCUGAAAGGAAAGAGUGAAGAGGAGCUAGAAGCCUCCAGGAGCUUUGAGGCUGGGGAGGAGGAUGAGGAGGAGGAGGAUGAAGAGGAGGAGGAUGAAGAGGAGGACGAAGAGGAGGAGGACGAGUCUAGUGAAGGAGAGUACUGGCCCCGGGACAGAGAACUCCUGCAAGGCCAGCCGCUCGGGCACCUUCCAGAGGAAGAGGACAUGGGUACAUGUGAAGCCGGGAGCCUGAGGCUGCAGCAGCUCAUAAAUCCAGCUGAUCCCCUGGAGAUCCAGGCUGACGUGCACUGGACGCACAUUCGUGAGAGCCAGGAGGAGCAAGCAGCACCGGCCCCUGAGUCCCCUCCUUCCAGAGUGCCCGACCUUCCCUCCGUUCGCCGUGCAGCAGUGCAGGCCUGGCUGGAGUCGGUGUCCGGAGUCCCAUUUGAUGAGGAUGACCAGGAGGAAGAUGUGGACUCAGAGCCGGCAGAGAUCGAAGGGGAGGCAGCGGAGAACGGUGAUGCGGGGGACACUGGUGCAGAGCUGGAUGAUGAUCAGCACUGGUCGGACGACAUCCCGUCGGAGGCAGACACGGAGGUGCACCAGGUGGUGGCGGGAGCGGGGCUGGAGCUGCGGGUAUCUGAAGGCGAGGAGGAGCCUCCAUCAGCCUCGGCAAGGCACCCUGAGAGAGGUCCUUCCCAAGUCUCCAGCCCCACCCAGUCCCCUGAGGCGCACGUGGUCCUGUCCUCCCCAGCCCUCAGCCCUGGGGCACAGGGUGCCCGAGCCCCACUCGUCUCUGCAGCUGCAGCGGUGGGGUUGCCCACAGAGAACCCUGUGCCGGAGCCCUCGCCCCUCCACGGGGAGCCCACAGCCAGCUCACCUGUCCGAUCCCAGCCCGAAGCCAGGUCGCCGCCCUCGCCUGCCAGCCCGAAGCCACUGGCCCCGCCGGCACUGCUCCCCAUCUGCUCCCAGCCUCAGCCGUCCCCCGAGGCGUCCCCCGAGGCCACCGUGCCAUCCCCCACCGCGUCCCCCAUCCGCUUCCAGCCCGUGCCGGCUAGAACCUCCACCCCUCUGGCCCCCCUCCUGUCGAAGAACCACGGGGUCACCAAGGACACAGUGGGCAGCCCCUUCCCUGGGGACGAGGCCCUGAAACGCAGUGACCUGGUGGCAGAGUUCUGGAUGAAGAGCGCCGAGAUCCGCCGCAGCCUGGGGCUCACACCCGUGCGCCGGGGCUCAGGGUCCGAGCCCACCUUCCAGCCCGUGCCUCUGCAGGCCUAUCCAGCUGAGAAGUCCCCCCAGGGCGAGGGGCUCCAGCUCCUAAAACCCCCACCGGUCCCCAGGAAGCUGGGGCUGCCCUCAGCCGAGGGGGCCCAGCCCUCCCUGCCCACCCCGGGGUCCCCGCCUGACAGGGAGCCAAAGGGCUCCCGGGAGGAGCACAGAGACCUGUCCAGCAGCUCAGGGCUGGGCCUGCAGGGCAGCUCCUCCCGCACCAGGACGCCAGGCAGCCAGAGCUUCAACACCUCCGACUCCACCAUGCUCACACCCCCCUCCAGCCCGCCGCCCCCGCCGCCCGAUGAGGAGCCCGCCACCCUGCACAGGAAGCUGGCCCUGGCGGGACAGCCCUCAGCCUCGGCACCCCCACCACCGGCCCCCUGCACGCGGCCCCCACGGGAGCCCACCCAGCCCUCCCGGGAGGAGGCACGGAAGUCAUUUGUGGAGAGCGUGGACGAGAUCCCCUUUGCGGAUGACGUGGAGGACACGUAUGAUGACCGCACGGAGGACUCGAGUCUGCAGGAGCCCUUCUUCACGCCCCCCUCCUGCUGGCCCCGUCCCGAGCAGCCCCUGGCCCAGGAGAACGGCCCGGGGCCGGAGAGUAGCCGAGGGGCAGAGAGCGGGAUCGUGCUGCAGAAGCGGAAGCUGCCGCUGGUCUCUGCCGAGGCCAAGGAGCUGGCGGCUGAGCGCAUGCGGGCCCGGGAGAAGUCGGUGCGGAGCCAGGCGCUGAGGGACGCCAUGGCCCGGCAGCUGAGCAGGAUGAAGGAGAUGGACACAGUGGCCGCCGCCCCCAGGACCCCGGUGCCCCGCAGAGCCACCACUGUGUCCCCCAAGGGCCCCGAGGAGCCCACCCCAAGGCCCGAAGCCACGAGUGAGGAGGUUCUGUCCCCUCCCUCAGACUCGGGGGGCCCGGAUGGCUCGAUCACCUCAUCCGAGGGCUCCAGCGGGAAGAGCAAGAAGAGAUCGUCCCUCUUCUCCCCCCGAAGAAACAAGAAAGAAAAGAAGCCCAAGGGUGAGGGCCGGCCCCAGGAGAGGCCCAGCCCCACUGCCCUGGAGGAGGCAGCCACCAAGCCCAGGUCCCUGUGGAAGUCCGUCUUUUCCGGGUACAGGAAGGACAGGAAGAAGAAGGGCGAUGGCAGGUCCUGCCCCAGCACCCCUUCCAGCGGGGCCACUGUGGACACCGGCAAGCCCGGGGCGUCUCUUGUCACGAGAGCAGAGCUGCGGCCCCGGCGCCCGCUGAGCUGCUCGGAGGACUCGGACCUCUCCAGCGACGAUGUCCUCGAGCGGACCUCCCAGAAGUCCAGGAGAGAGCCAAGGACUUACACGGAGGAGGAGCUGAACGCCAAGCUGACCCGGCGUGUGCAGAAGGCAGCUCGGAGGCAGGCCAAGCAGGAGGAGCUGAAGCGGCUGCACCGCGCGCAGAUAAUCCAGCGGCAGCUGGAGCAGGUGGAGGAGAAGCAGCGGCAGCUGGAAGAGAGAGGGGUCGCCGUGGAAAAGGCGCUGCGUGGGGAAGCAGACUAUUGGGGAGAGUCUUAUUACACUGACCUCAUCGACUUGCACCUGGGUGUUGAGCCCAGUGGCGGGACUCCACGGCGUAGACCUCUCUCCUUCUGCCCUUGCUGUGUCCAGGAAGGCAUGGGCAAGAAGGAUGACCCCAAGCUGAUGCAGGAGUGGUUCAAGCUGGUGCAGGAGAAGAACGCCAUGGUGCGCUACGAGUCGGAGCUGAUGAUCUUCGCCCGGGAGCUAGAGCUGGAGGACCGGCAGAGCCGGCUACAGCAGGAGCUCCGCGAGCGGAUGGCCGUGGAAGAUCACCUGAAGACAGAGGAGGAGCUUUCGGAGGAGAAGAGAAUCCUGAAUGAGAUGCUGGAGGUGGUGGAGCAGAGAGACGCCCUGGUGGCCCUGCUAGAGGAGCAGCGGCUCCGGGAGAAGGAGGAAGACAAGGACCUGGAGGCCGCCAUGCUGUCCAAAGGCUUCAGCCUGAACUGGUCCUGAGUGCCCACCCUGGUGCUGGCUGGUCUGUGCAUCCUCUGACCCUGGCUGGCUUCUCCCAGACCACCCAGAUCCGAGGUCCGAGUGGGCCUGGCGCCUCCUGGGAGUUUGCACUCAAAACGUCCUCGUGGCUCUGAAAAGCAGUCAGGCGUCUGAGCUGUGGGGAGCCCCAGGUGAAGAUGGUCGUCCGGUGGCUCAGCCUCCUCGGAAGAGGCCACCCUGCCCUCCUGCUUCGGAGGCACAGGAGCAUGGGGCGUGGGCAGGAACGUCUGCAUGCCCAGUGAGGGUGUGGCGACCCCCCAGGCACGUCUGGUAGGAGGAACGCAGCUCUCUUCCCCGCUCCCUGAGGCAGCACCACAGCUGAGGUGAGACCGAGGCCCGGGAGAGUGAGCGCAGAAUUCAUCCAGCAGGUGAGGGGCCCAGCCCCUUCCGUAUGGGCCCAGUGCCACACCCCAGGCCUCUCCUGGCUGUGGCCUGAGGCCUGAGGCUGCUGUAUUUGCUUUUAAUUCACAACACUGGAAAAUACUGACUUUGGGAUUGGGCGGGGCUCCCCCCCCCUCCCCGCACUGCCACGUUCUGGCCCCCGCCAACAGGCCGGCCGUGUCAUGGGCGUCAGGUGGGAGGCCUUCCUCCUCGCCUUGUUCCUGUGUUCGCACCGAGCGAAGCUGACAGCCUAGGAGACGCGGCCGCUUCAGACACUCUUUGUCAAUUAACUUAUUUUUUUAAUACUUGAAAAGAAGCAACUUCACUUUUGUAUCUUUACCGGGACACUAAUGGCCUGGCCCCUGGGUAGGGGGCAGAGCUGGGUCCUAGCUGACUGUGCUGUCACUCCUUUUGUUACUCCUUCAUCGUGGGGCUGACGGGAGCCCUCAGGUCAGCGAGUCCCCCUCUGUGGGCCCCCUGCCCUCCUUCGCCUGGCACCAGGUGUCUGCAUCUACACUGCUCGCUUGUCAAGGAUGCACUUGAGCUGCUGGAGGCCAGGCCCCGAGGUACCAAAAAAUGCCACUCGGCCCUCUUUGUUGGAAUCCUGGCUCUGCAGAAACCAUUGUUUCCUCUGUUUUGGUACCAAGGUCUCACCUCCCACAACACAUUUAUUAAAGAAAGUUUUAGGCCGGCUGCACCAACAUGUGGGACCCUGCCCAGAGAGACCCAGACCCAGCCAACUGGAGACGCAGUGACAGCACACGGGAGUACUCUGGUUGGGGUCACACACACACACACACACACACACACACACACACACAGAGCUCUGGCCCAGUUCCCCGUUUGCACCUCUUUGUGGGGAAGCUUGGGCUGAAAGCACCGGGGAUCCGGCUUGUGCCAUGGUUCAGCCAGAGGCCGGCUGUGUCCAGCUCGCAGAGCUGCUGUCAGAAUCUGCAGGGGUCAUGCUUGUCCACAGAGGAGCACCAGGCCAGUCCUGAGGCCCUCCAGCCAACUCCUGGUGGAGCAGGGCCGCGAGUAGGGAAGAGAGGCCUCAGGACAGGACAAGGGGUAUCCACACUGACCUUGGAAUGUCCCUGGGGAACCACAUCGUGCCUCAACUUCAACACAGUCAUUCUCACUGCAAAGGAGCAAAGAAAUGUCUUCUUCAGUCUGUCCCAAGGCUGCCGUCUGUCCCCUGCUGGGAUCCAGGGGACACGCGGCUCCAGCCCUCACGGCUCUGACCUUCACCUCCUGCUAGAUGAGGCAGAGCCUCCAUUUCUAGUCUCCUUCCUAGAUGGGGAGUGGAGGGUGUUCUAGAUCCCAUCCUUAAACCCCAGCCUGCCAAUAAAAUUGGGCUUGGGACAGGAUUCAUUGCCUUUGUGGCCUUUGCCUACCCUUCCUACCCACCGCCCGCGUGUACCAUGACUGCCAGGUCCCCUCCCUAGAGCCCCUGUCCACCCGAGAUGAGGACAAGUUACACAGUGGCCAGAAGGGACGCAGCACCUGCUCCUGCAGAGCAUGGCCUGGAGGCUGCAGAGAACCUCGGAAAUGCUCCCCUGCUCCCUCUGGCAGGCCUCCGACUUCAGGUUCUAGUAGAGCACUUUUUCAGAAAGCUCCCGUUUUAUAACCACUAGUUUGCAGGUUGUUGUGUGUCCUGCUGACAGGCUGCCUGCAGUGUUUCCAGCUCUGGAAAUGCACGCAUCUCCUGUCAGUCCCCUUGAAGGGAGGGCAGCUGCAAAGCUCUCUAAAAUGCCAGAGUGUGAGCGAGCCCGAGCCCAAGGCCCGUUCAGGGGCGACCAGGUUCAGCUUCAGCGGAGGGAGGGCAGCAGUGCCCCUCACCUGAGUCUGAGGUCACCAGUGGCUCCGCCUGGGGGUCCAGCCCUGCUCAGGUGGCGUCUUCUGGCCUUUGCUCCGGGAGCCGACUUCCAGCCACUCUGACCAGCAACAAUAGACUGUUCUCUAUCUUUUUAAAGAGCAGAAUUUUUUCAGUAGGGCAGAAAGUGGAGAGAGUUUAAAGAAAACAAUUUUAAAGGUGAUAACAACUGACCUACAAAGGGGAAUGGGCCAUUUUACGCGCAAUAAAAGUUUUAAAAGAAAUACAGAGUGUAUUUAAGUCACUGUCCUGGACUUGGCAUGAGUCAGGGUACCCUCUUCGGUGGGUGGUGUCCACCCAUGGUGGCAUCUAUCAGCAUAUGUGUGUGUUUCAAGAAUAUAAUAUAGCCUUUGUGCUUUCU